AUGUACUUCGCGGUGUCCAAAGCCUUGAUGGAGUCAACUUCUUCGGCUGAAGUCAUCAACGUGUAUCGCCACUGGCCCAAGUCGCCAGGCUUUCUGGAGGCUAAGUCUCCGCUCCAAAUCCUCUUCUCUAGUAAAUCUGGAGCAGAAGCUCGGAACGCCACCCAGAAUCCCGAAGCAUUAACAUACCCCUCGCUCCAGUUCUUCUCCUCGCACAUAUGUUUCUCCGACGUUGGGUGGUCUGUUUCCUUUAACCUCUCCUUGGCCGACUGUCCGGAGGGGAACCCCAGAACCUCGGUUCCCAGCAUUUCCACUUCAGCCUCCGCUUCCUACCAGCAAAACCGGAACCUCCCAGCCCUGAGGAGGCUACAGCAAGCGGAAGGAACGUUUAUUCCAUUUCUGCCUUUCGGGUUCUAUCGGAAGGCGCUUUCUCUACACCGGGGGUCAGCCGCCCCCGUGGCUAACCCCCCGCUGACCUACACCCUCAUCAAGAGGCUACAGUCUGAUUGGAGGAAUGUGGUGUACAGCCUGGAAGCCACUGAGAACCUCAGAGAUCGAGACAACAGGAGGAUGGCCAGAAAUAUCCUGAAGUAUGAAAGGCUUUUGGCAGAGAGACCCAGCCUGGCAGGAGUCGAAGCGGCCAUCCGGAGAACCACCUUCCCCCCGCUGCAAACCAGCGACCUCCACGAACACCUGCGUCGAUCUCCCGGCUCUCAGCUCGUCGUGAGCGGCGAGGGAGCCCACCAACUCCGUCGUGUUCUACUCUCCCUAGCGCUUACGUACGGUGCUCCUUCCCGUCGAAGACAGGUUCCGCUUUUCCCUUCCCGGACCACCCAGCACACCUCGCCCAGCCUCUACUACUCCUCCGAGACCAGCGGCAGCCCCCUCCCGUUGCUCCAGCCUAUCAGGAAGGAGCCCGUGCAUCCGGAACCAGAAGUCGCCCUUUAGCGGGACUCCGUCGGCGACCUAGAAGCCCAGAAGAUUAAGGAACUUGCACCCCCUUAGGCCGUGAGCCCUGGGUGGGACAGAGAUCGUGUCUGAUCUGAUUCUAUGACGUCUAACCCAGCGCUCGGCACACCGCUGUGCAGCUGAAAUGGCUGGUGAGUUUUGGGCUGCUCCUGCCUUUCCCUGAAGAGUCGCCACGGCAACCGACGAGUCCAGCCCACCCGAAACUCACUCGGCUCCGGGAACAGCUCCAACUCAUCAGUUCGACACGAAGGGGGAUCCGUUCAUAUUGGUUCUAUAGAAUGUAAGCUCGUUGUGGGCUAGGAAUUUGACUGUUUAUUCUCAUACUGUAGUUUCCCAAGCACCAAAUACACAGCUCCCCUUGCGCUUAGUGUGCUCAAUUGCGCUCAAUAAAUGUGAACGAAUGAUUAAAUUA